UCUGAACAGUCUAUUGAAUCACAAAUGCUGCCUUAUCAAGAUGAACCUGUUGCUGAUGAAGAAUGGGUUCAAAAUUAUCAUGACGGAUAACGUGAACGUCAAAAUUUGUUGGAAACUCUGCGUAGUAGAUUCAACAAUCGUGUGACUUUGGAGCAGUGGUGAGUGUAUUUAUUCCUUUUUAAAAUAUUUACAAGUUACGGGCCAUAAUUCACUUCACACAAAGUCAGCGAUUAUUGUGCUGCGUUUUUUGUUAGCAUUGUCAAUUUAAACUAGUAGUUAUAUUGCAACAUGAACAAAUGCUACUUUGUAUUUGUAGGUGCAUUUGUGGUAAUUGCAGAACUAAUCUGCUUCAAAAUGAGAAAGAAAGUCAAUGUUGCCAAGAGCUCGACGAAUGCAUAGAGUCCUUAAAGAAUGAAAUGGUGCUGGAUGAAUUGAAAAUUGUCCCAAAAUGCAUUACACUUCAUCCAGCAUUCAAUUCAGUGUGUCUGGAUAUUUGGUCAUUAAGAAUGUCAGGCCCAAAAUUCAGAAAAAUAGAUGGAAGAAAAUAUGUGAAGCAUGAUGAUGAGAACAGAUAUUUGAGAAGUGUUGCAUAUCGAGAAUUUACCCAGCUGGUGCAUGGCUACUUAGGGAAUAAACGGAUACCACUACCUGCUUGUGCCUAUCAUGCAAUAAGGACUCGAUUUGUGGGAAAAGAUUUUCAGGGUUAUGAUGAUGAAGAAUUUGAGGAUAAAUAAUUUACUACUUAUAUGCCAAUGAUUCACCCUCAUUUUGAUUCUUGUUUUGUGGACAGUCCAGGACCUGUUGGUGACCUUUCAUUGGUUUCCCACAAGUUCGACAGUGUGGACGAAGUUCUUGUUAUAUUAAUGGUAUUUUCUGACAUUGUUAAUGGGACUAAAAUAUUAUAAUUUUGAGAUUGUAAUAUUAGACAUCAUAACUGUAAGUAAUUAAUAAAGUAUGUUUUAGUCA